AAGCAUGUGAACUUAGGACGUUUUUUGUGAUUAAUUGAACUCAUUUAAGUAGUCAUGGGUUGGAGAAAAGUGAUUCUUGUUGCUGUUCUGUCUUCAAUACUAGAUGUCAACAGCGAGGAGCUUUUCGGAAAUGAUGAACACAGUAAACAGUUACUGGAUCAUCUGACAGAGUCUGAGAGGCUGUUUCUAAUUGGUGCUAAUUAUGACAAUGCACAAUUCGAGAUAUUGCAUCUACGACAACCAAAGCGUCGUAAACGGUCAUUGUAUCACGACAAUCCAGAUCUGAACUCGCUCAAGAGGCAUUUAGAUUUAAAGCUAAGUCCUAGAAACACUUUCCUAGAUCCACAGUUCCUACUCAUGAGACGAUGGACGAAUGGUACUGAAGCUGUUUUGGACCAACAUAAUAAUGAAGAAUUAGAUUUAUGUUAUUACAGAAGUGACACUGCAGCGUUAUAUGCUUGUGGUGAUUUGAGAGGCUUAUUUAAAGCAAAUGGAAGUUAUUAUUAUAUCCAUCCAUUGCCUGAAAGGUUUCAUAAUGAAGAAACGAAACCACACGUAAUAGUCAAAAGACAUAUUGAAGAUGGAUCUUUAAACAACGAUAGUAACAUAAAUAAAUGUAUAGAAAGAGAUAAUAUAAGUAAUACAGUUGAAUCUGCAAAAACAUGGACAAAGCAUAGAAGAAAAAGAGAAGUUAAUAAUAAGAAAGUAACACUUGAACAAUUCAAAAUUAAUUUAGGUAAUAGAAAUAAAACUAUAAAUAAAUUUAUAGAAAAUUUACAACCAACUAAUAGAGAAAAGAGAGCUAUAAUACCUCCUAUUUUUGUUGAAACAGCUGUGUUCGUGGAUAGAGAUUUAUACAAACAUAUGACAGUCAAUUUUCCUAAAGACACAGAAAGGGAAUUAGUAAGAUUCGUCUUAGCUAUGAUAAAUGCUGUACAAUUAAUUUACCACGACCCAUCAUUGGGUAGAACAGUUAAUUUUAUAUUGAAAAGAUUAGAAAUCUUACAUGAAGAUCCUGUCAAUUUGAAGAGACCACAUGAUAUCGAUAGGUUUUUAAGUAAUUUCUGUACAUGGCAGAGACUGGAGAAUCCACCAGGUGAUAAUGACCCGUUGCAUUGGGAUCAUGCUUUAAUUUUGACUGGUUUGGAUUUGUACGUGGUCAAUAAGAAUGGAAAAGUCAGCAGUCAAGUUGUAGGAUUAGCCCCAGUUGCUGGUAUGUGUACAGUCACCAGCAGUUGUACAGUAAAUGAAGGCAGGCACUUCGAAAGUGUUUAUGUUGUAGCUCACGAAAUAGGACACAAUUUAGGAAUGCGUCACGACGGCCCUCUAGCUGACAACGGCUGCGACCCUAGUGCUUACAUCAUGAGCCCGACUCUCGGCAGCGGCAAGAUCACCUGGUCACAAUGCAGCAGAAAUUAUCUACAGAAAUUUCUAGAUACAGUACAAUCUCGUUGUCUACUUGACCAUGGAAACUCUGCCGGCCAGUUGGAUCACAGUGCUGAAGGGAUCCUACCAGGAGAGAGAUUCGACGCUGAUCAACAAUGUAUGCUCAAGUACGGCAGCGGGAGUCGUCACUCCGCAGCUCAAAACCUGGAGGACAUCUGCCGGGACCUGCACUGCCAGCGCGAGCGGUACACCUGGACUUCACAUCCCGCACUCGAAGGCACCAGAUGUGGGGAUGAUAUGUACUGUCGCGGCGGUGCAUGUGUGGAGCGCGAGGGGACUGUGCGAACUGGUCGCGGCGCGUGGGGCCGCUGGUCGCACUGGUCGGAGUGCGCCUCCGCCUGUCUACUGGAUGACAAGCACGCUCCCGCUGCAGCCGGAGUUGCUGUUGCCACACGCAGGUGUAACCGGCCUAGGCAUGAAAACGGAAAUAACUACUGCACGGGUCACGAUAAGAAGUAUCAAUCCUGUCAUGCUCAACAAUGCAACAAAGUGCCGCGUAUGACGGUGCGUGAGUUCGCAGAUCAGAUCUGCCUGCGCGCGCGGGAUGUCGACCCUGAUCUCAUUGGAACUGGACUGCAGAGGAUCGACUCAGAGGACGUAAGCAGCGCAUGCGCAGUUUGGUGCGACACUCGCGGCGGCGGUUACAAGUCACGCGGCUGGAGUCUGCCUGAUGGCACCGCUUGUUCUCGCGCUCAGCCCAUGUUCUGCAUCUCUGGACUCUGUCAGAAAUUCACAUGCGAUUCGAGCAACGACAACGAGUUCUCGCUAAAACCAGGCGACUGUGAGUGGGAAGCGCUGCAACUACAAACUGCUACUCCGCACACCGUCUCCUCGACGAAGACAUCAGGUACAUGGCGGCGGGCAGUGGGGUCUCAGUGGCGCGCUGCGAGCGGCUGUCACUACCACUGCGUGAGUCCGGGCAGCGGCGUGAGACUCGUCAGCUCGCAGCGACACACCACCAUACAGCUGUGCAGACCUGAUGCUGCACGACCAGAACUAGGUUGUUUGCAAAGAAAGUCACCUUACCAGUACGCGACCAUGGUGUGUUCUAAGUACAAGGAGAGAGUGAGAAGACUGUCAGGGUUGGGCAUGCAGAUAUCACCUGUAUUAGAGGAUCCUGACCGUCCAUGUCGCGUGGCGUGCCAGGAUGAGCGGGUAGCACACCGGUUUUACCUGGUGAACGGUCAGGAGGGCUGGUUCCCACUCGGCACAUCCUGCGGGAAACGUAACUCAUCCUACUGCGUCAGCGGGAAAUGCCUGGAGUUCGGUGCUGACGACACACCACUAUCGGAGUCAGUGUUCACAUUACCACUGCUGCCUCGAGGACAGACUUCCCGGCAUAGACGUGCGCUGCAUCGCAACAGACUGACUGUCAAAGCUAACCUGGAUCAGUUACAUCUACAAGAUAUUAUAGCUUCAUUGAAUUUUACAGGUAAAACAGAUCAACACGUGAUUUACUACGACACGAUACCGGACAAUAUAGAAUUGGAUUUCAACAAUCCUAUUCACAUCGCGCCUGAAGACACACUCAUCAGGAAAGUGCCGCGACCUACGUGGGAGUGAUUAAGCUACAACGACUCGCAAAAAUGGUAUUAGUAGAGAUGAAAAAUAUAUUAAAUUAUUCAAACUUUCGUGAACCAUUAUAAUAAACUGAUAUAAAAACGACUAAACACUGACGUAUAUUCGUCCGGUGGCGGAACCGACUAGUUUCGAGCACAUCGGGGGCCCUUCAUCAGGAUGAGUACUGGUAUUAUU